GCCUACCGUUCACUGCGCGCACUCAUUUCAACACAAAGCUUGCGCUCGCGCCUGAUAGUGUCCAGUACAAACCAAAACAAGGAUUUCAAGCUUUGUAAUUGUUUAGAAAAUCGGGAAAUGGACCAGAAAGACACAGAAAUGAACGAAAAAGGAGUUUCUUCUUCUACCAGCGGAGUUGUUGUUCAAGUCAGGGAAAAGAAAGGAGCUUUACGCGCUGCCAUCCCCUAUAUGCCUUUCCCAGUAGCUGUCAUCUGCCUGUUCCUCAACACAUUUGUGCCCGGACUGGGUACAUUCGUCUCAGCCUUCACGGUUCUGUGCGGAGCGAGGACAGAUCUUCCCGACAGGCACAUGUGCUGUGUUUUCUGGCUGAACAUCGCAGCUGCCUUCAUCCAGAUCAUCACAGCCAUUGUCAUGGUGGGCUGGAUCAUGAGCAUAUUUUGGGGAAUGGACAUGGUCAUUCUGGCAAGCUACAGGGAGCAGGCCACCCCUCAGCAGCUCUGAUUGCUGUCCUCCAAACCUUAUCUUGAAUGUGCACCAUUCUCCUGUGCUGUCCGGCCAACAUGAAUGGGAGCUUUGAGACAGCCCUCACAUGGCCUGGGAGAUCCAGGGAUUGAUCACAUGCAGAUUCUCACCCCAACUCCUGCUACUUCCUGUCAGGUACUGCAUUAAGGGCACCUGACUGCUGAAGGACAGCAGAAGAGCAUGACCAUCUGUGAAUAUCUCCAAAAAAACAUCUACAUGUAUGUGCCGAACACGUCCGUUACCUGUCAGGGAAACCGAUCUUAAUCGUACUCUUUAGUCUUAAUGUAUGUAUUAAAUUGACCAAUAUACACUAUGGACAUUUGCAGUUUGUAAACUAAAUAUUUGUUAAAAAGCUUUGAGGUUUCUAAUGAAGUAGCUGAAAGAAUCUUAAAGGAACAGUUCACCCAAAAAUGAAAAACUGUUAUUAUUUACUCAUCCUCAUGUCUGUUCAUAUAAAAUAAAAAUGAAAACAUUUUUGGGUGAACUAUCCUUUUAAUAUUUUGCUUCCUACAGAGCACUAUGAAAACAUAUUACACUGAAUGUUUAUAUGUCAUGUGCAUUACAGUGUCUCCAGUAUUUCUUUAUAGUAUGCUGUGUUUUUAUUACUCAAAUUAAGGCCUUACAAAUCAGAAAGUGUGUAUUAUAUUCUGCACAAAUACAUCACUUGUUAUUGUCAGUCUAUUAGUCUUAAAUACCCAGAGACCAUCAUCCAAAAACAUAAACUUUUUGUCCAGUAAUUAUCUGUUGUUGAGUAAAACAGCCAAGUAUUGGUGAAUCAUGGUAAGCCAGUUGUCAU